AUGGAUCAAGCGAAUAAGGCCCUUUGCCGAGUCCUGGGUCUCGACACUGGACACCUGGCCCGGUCUGGACCUAAAGAGGAGCCAGACCAUAGCCAACGCCAGGAGAUCUUCGCUCGCAGCAAGCAGACGCCGGCAGACUUCUUGAGGUCUCUGCUCCCCGAGAAGAAACAUGAGAUCAUGAUGGCGCAGAAUGGACGGUCUCUUGCUGCCUCGUCGUUGAUUAUGCUGCAUGGCUUUCAGGAAAUUGUGGUCAAGGACUACGAGGAGCAGGCAGGCAGGCGAGACUCUAUUGACGAAGAUCUGUUGAAUUCAAGCUACCACCACGUUUAG